GGAAGUCAUUGCCAUAAAAUGUGUGGAAAAAAAAGGUCUGACAAAAACAUCCACGGACAACUUGGUGACAGAAAUAGAGAUUUUGAAAAAGCUAAAACAUGAACAUAUUGUUGAGCUGAAGGAUUUUGAGUGGGACCAGAGUAACAUUUACCUAGUAAUGGAGUACUGCGGAGGAGGGGACUUGUCCCAGUUUAUCCAUACCAAAAGGCGUUUACCAGAGCAUAUGAUGAAAAAAUUCCUUCAGCAGUUAGCCAAAGCUCUUGAAUUCAUGCGAGCAGAAAAUAUCACCCAUAUGGAUUUGAAACCACAAAACAUUUUGUUAUCAUCGAGGGACAGGCCAAUUUUAAAAGUCGCUGAUUUUGGUUUUGCUCAGUACCUGCAUGAUGAUGCCAAUGCUAAGACACUCCGUGGCUCCCCACUCUACAUGGCACCAGAGAUUAUCACUCAGCGGCUAUAUACAGCAAAAGCAGACCUGUGGUCGAUUGGGGUCAUAACAUAUGAAUGUCUCUUUGGCCAUGCUCCAUUUGCAUCGAAGUCAUUUGCGGAGCUUGAGGAGAAAAUUAGGGAUACCAAACCAAUACAGCUUCCAUACGGAGUUGAAAUAUCAGACAACUGCCGCAACCUCCUUCAUAGACUUCUCCAGAGAGAUCCCGAGACUAGGAUCGAUUUUGAUGAAUUCUUCACGCAUCCAUUCAUAGAUUUACAACACAUGCCAAGUCCACAAUGUUUAGAAAAAGCUGGUGAGAUAGUGACUAAGGCUGUGAAAGCAGACACAGAUGGUUAUUACUAUCAAGCAGUCAAACUCUACUGUCAUGCACUUGAAUACUUUGUGCCCGCCAUUCACUAUGAGAGUGACCCGAAAAAGAAGCACGCAAUAAGGUUAAAGGUGAAAGACUACAUGGCCCGGGCAGAAGAGCUGAAAAAUCUAUACACCCCAAAAGAGAAGCCUGUGCUGAGAAAAACAAAGUCCAGUGUAGAUGAAUAUGAAGAGCUAGUCCAGCUUUCUAGAGGUGACACUGUGAUAGAGGCUUCACUCCAGGAAGUAGUUUGGGCAGAGCAGAAGCUUGAGAAUGAGGGAUAUGAUGGUGCUUUCCAACUUUAUGAAAAUGUGCUAGAAAAACUCAUCAACAUUUUACAAGCUGAACCCAAAGGCAGAAAGAAGGAUUUAUUACAUAUACAGCUGGAAAAGUGGAUGUCUCGUGCAGAGGAAAUCAAGAAGUAUCUCGAAGUCCAACAAAUGAAUCGUGUGACGGAUAAUAGUAAAGUGGAGGAACAACAGGAACAGGAAAUGACAUCAUGGCUAGCUGGUUCACGGUGUAUCCUCCAAUAAAAGAUGAUAGUUGUGAGCUGACAAGCCUUUCAAAGAUCAACAGAAAUCUAUCUCAGUGCUCAGAUCCAAAUAGAUAUGUCUUGCCUUUGAUAAACCUGAACUGUAUAAGUGGAUUAUUGAAGUAAUGCAGUAGGCUUCUUUCCUACCGUAUUCUUCAACUGUCCCUUGCAUCACCAGUAUCUAAAUAUAAGUAGGUGCCAGUUGGACCAAAUGAAGUUAUUCGAAGUCACUAGAACUAUUUAAAAAUGCUUGAAUGAAGAAUGUUUUUCUUACUAAUUCAACCAGACCCGGUUUGGCCGGCUUCUGCAUGCAUAUUUGACGCCUUGAGACACUCUUUAAUGCUGUAAACAUGAUGUAUAAAUGUAACCUAAGAGACAUAAUUAUAUACUUUCAUGGCACUGCCAUCUGAUGGCUUUUGUUGAAAUGAUAUAGAACUUUGGUGCCUGAUGAUAUUCGGAUUGUCUUGCCUAUUCUAUCAAGAGUGUCCCCUCUGUUGAAGUUUUCGGGGGACAGUGAUAGAAGUUAACCCACCAAUAUAUUUAUAAUUCAAUGGAGCAAGGGUCUGCUUUAGACUAUCUUUAGUUAUUUUGCCAUAUCAUUUUGUGUAAAUAAUAUAACGGACAUAUUGUACAUGUGCUUUAAGCUAAUAUAUUCAAGAAAAUAAAUCAGAUAUCACA